AUGUUACGAGGAGUUAUCCCGUACGUCGCAGCCGGUGCUGGCGUGCUUUUUGUCGGGUACUGUAUUUACUUCGACAAGAAGCGGCGAAGUCACCCGGACUUCAUGAAAAAUCUAAGAAAAAAAAGAAUGGAACAAAAGGCUCGAGAGGCUCAAAAGGCAUCUUCAUUUCCUAUGCCUCCCAUUAAUGAUCAGUCCGCAAUGCAGAGAUUUUUCCUUGAGCAAAUACAGCAAGGAGAGACAGCUCUAAGUAUGGGUGCUGUUGAUGAAGGCGUCAAACACUUUGCUGUUGCCGUUUCUGUCUGUGGUCAGCCUAAUCAGUUGUUGCAGGUGCUCCAACAGUCACUAUCCCCACCAGUCUUCCUCCGACUCAUUGAGAUCCUGCCAUCCGUCCAGUCCAAAUUCAAGACAAUGGCCGCCAGCCGUUCAUCGUUCGGGCGCGAAAUCGAAGAGGAACUGGAGUAA